AUGCAAUAUGCAAGAACUUUGGCUCUCAGAGGCACUUCUCACACUGGAAAACGAGAAAAUCCUUCAUACGUUCGCUUUCGAUAUGCCUAUACCAAUAAAUCUCAUUAUUGUGCAUGUACCUCUGCGCCUUUUUCCAGAGUGUGGCGAAGUAAAUCUGACACGCUGUCAAUUGACGCCAUCAGCAAAGCCUUUUUGCUUCCUGUCGAGGCUGUCACGUCUGUAACAUAUCCUCGCACCACGCCUACCACAGGGCCUGCAGACGAUAAGGCAUGUUUGACAAAUUCUAUCCCCCUUUCUCUCUUUCUUUCUUUCUUUCUUUCUUUCUUUCUUUCUUUCUUUCUUUCUCUCUCUCUCUCCCAGGGUCACAAACUCACAUCUAUCCAACCAAUUAUUGAUUCAUUCAUUCUUUCUUUCUUUCUAAGUUCAUUUAUUUCAAUAAAAUAUUUCCUCUUUUGUGCUUUCAUUCUUUCUUUCUUUCUAUCGAUAUUUCCUUAUUUAAAUAUAAAAUUUCUGCUUUUAUUCAUUCUUUUUUCUUUCUUUCUAUGGCCAUUAAUUAAAAUAUUUUCUCUUUCAUUCUUUCUUUCAUUCAUUAUUUCUUUCUUCUUUCCUUUCUUUCUUUCCUUCUUUCUUUCUAUGGUCAUCUAUUUGAAUAAAAUACUUUCUUUUUGUACUUUCAUAAAUUCAUUUAUUCAAUUAUUUUUUCUUUUUCCUUUUUUCUUUCUUUUUUCUUUCCUUCGUUCUUUAUUUCUACGGCCAUUUAUUUAA